AUGAAGACCAAGAGACUGAUUCAAUCCCUUGCCCAGGCCCAUUUACACCCCUCUAGCAUUGUAAAGGAGCAGAAUGGCGCUGUAAUGGGCCUCCAACGAAGAAGUACAGUAAAAGAUGAAGAGAGUGGCUACAAUAAAAACCUAUUUUGCAUCCCUAAACAUUAUGAAGAAGACCUAGAAAGAGUCUUUAUUCCUCAUGGUCUCCUCUGGGAUAGGUAUGAAGAUGAUAAAUUUAGGGGAGAUGACCAUAUUGUUGUGCUCUGUGUCCUUAAAGGGGGCUAUAAAUUCUUUGCUGAUUUGCUGAAUGUAAAAAGCACUAAAUUGUGAAACACUGAUAAAUCUGUACCUAUUACUGUGAAUGUUGUUAGACUAAAAAGCUACUGUAAUGGUUCAGCUACAGAAAAAGUCAAUACUGUGGAAGAAGAACCGCCUGCAUUAAAUGGAAAGGACAUUAUUGAGACUGGUAGAACAAUGCAGACACUGCUUUCAAAAUUAAAGGUUUACAAGUCAAAGAUGGUAAAGGCAGGUUCACAGAUUCUAAAUGUAUCUCCAUGGCCUUGCUGCUUUGGAGGCAGACACGCUUUGCUAUUUAAAAGGACACCUCAAAGUUCAGGAUACAGAUCAGACUGUAUGGGCUUUGAAAUCCCAGAUAACUUUGUGGUGGGAUAUGAUCUUGACUAUAAUGAAUACUUCAGGAUCUAA